AUGAAACAUAACCAGAGUUGCUGUCGGACACCUCCAACUAUUACCAUUCAUGUAAAACCAAGCGAAUCUAAAUCAUAUCAGAAAAAAAAAACACUUGCCCUUAAACGCCCUAAGUUUAAAGACUAUCGGGAGACCUCUGGAAAAAACAUUAUUAAUAAUAAUAUUAAGCCAAAACAGUCAAAAGGUUCAUGUCUAAUUAUUCAGCGUCAGGAAAUGACAGCUUUUUUAAAACUAUUUGAUGAUGAUUUGAUACAAGAUUUUUUAUGGAUGGACUGUUGCUGUAAAAUUGCAGACAAGUAUCUUUUGGCAAUGACUUUUGUUUAUUUCAAGAGGGCUGGCUAUAAUAUAAAUGAACACACCAGGCUUAAUUUCUUUGUUGCUCUCUACCUUGCAAAUACAGUUGAAGAAGAUGAUGAAGAGUCAAAAUAUGAGAUUUUCCCAUGGGCUUUAGGAAAAGCUUGGAGAAAGCUCUUCCCAGAUUUCUUGGCUCUGAGGGAUGAACUCUGGAGUAAGAUGGACUAUAGAGCUAUAGUGAGCAGACGUUGCUGUGAAGAAGUAAUGGCAAUUGCUUCAACACAUUAUGUAUGGCAGCGAGAACGUUCUCUCUAUCAUAGUGGAGCUAUAAGAAAUAGUUGCAGAAAUGAAGUACAGCUGCCUCGAGGACCCAAUGCCACACCUGCAGACUGUUCGCUUUGUGGGAGAAAAACACGAUAUAUAAGUCUGGGAUUAUCAUCCUCUUCCUCCACUGACACUCUGGAAAUGAUAGAGCAACACAUCAUUCCUGGAUUGCCUGAUCCAGCUGAUAAAAUGCUCCUUGAUUCUUCUUAUCACCAUUACUCCCAAGAUUCUAGUGAACUACCUAAUAAUGGGGAAAAAAAUAGUCGAGAUAAAUCCAUGGACUGGUUUACUGGAAAUGAAGAAUAA